AUCACCCUAGGAAGGAUCAACGUAAGAGUAGUCACUGUCAAUAACCAUUACCUCUGCCAUUUACAACAUAUAAUCAACAAAGCUGGCCCAUUAAAAGCAUAUUCUUGUCGCAACUUGGAAAGAACUAUAAAAAAAUAUAGUAACUUGAUCAAGUCUAAAAGCAAAAUCAACACUAAUGCUUCAAAUGUCAUCAGAAAUCAAGUGGGGUAUAACUCUUAUCAUGUCCAUAAUCUUACCCAAAGCUUAGUUCCCAAUCCGACAUACUCCCUUGAUUCAUUCUGGACCCAUCCUUCAGACAUCUUUCAUUACCCUCAAUUAUGGGAACCU